GAGCCUGAGAAGAACAUCACGACCACUUUUGCAGACGUGUAUGGCAUCGACGAGCACAAAGAGGAACUGUAAUAGCUGGUGGAUUACCUUAAGAACCCCACCAAGUAUCGUAAGAUGGGGGCAGACCUGCCCAGGGGUCUACUCCUCGUUGGUUCUCCUGGAACGGGCAAAACGUUACUGGCCCGGGCGCUGGCCGGCGAGGCUAAGUGCAACCUGUACUACAAAAGUGGGUCCGAGUUCGACGAGAUGCUGGUGGGGUUGGGAGCCAGACGAGUACGCAGCCUAUUCAAGAAGGCCAAAAGCACAGGGCCCAGCAUAAUCUUUAUCGACGAGAUUGACUCCAUCGCAGGGCGGAGAAACGCCACUGAUCCCAACCACAGCAGGGCCGCCUUGAACCAGUUACUGACCGAGAUGGACGGGUUCAGCUCUGCAGACAACGUGGUGGUGAUCGGCGCAACUAAUUUCGAGGCAGUGAUCGACCCCGCCAUCAAGCGCCCCGGCAGAUUCGACAAGGUGGUGCACAUUCCCCUGCCGGAUCGCAGGGGCAGGGAGCAGCUGCUGGGCUACUACCUGGGCAAGAUCAGGCACGGGUCACUGGACCUGCGGGACCUGGCAGGCGAAACUGAAGGGUUUACUGGGGCGGACAUCGAGAACAUGGUAAACAUUUCAAUUAUCAAGGCAGUCAAGGAGGGUCUACAGCAGGCGGAGAAAGGGCACUUUUAGUAUGCUCUUGAGCGAGUGCGCCUGGGGAUUAAGUCUAACCGCAAGCAGUCCCCGACUUAAAAAAUGGCCACCGCCGUCCACGAGUCUGGACACGCCCUAGUCGCUUACCUGACUCCCAAGGCGCCCUCAGUCCGCAAAGUGACCAUCCGCGGGGCAGGCCCAGCCAAGGGCUACACCUCGUUCCACAACGACAGGGAACGCAAUGACCUGACCCAGCGGGAGCUGCGUGCGAUGAUCGAUGUGGCGCUGGGCGGACGGGUGGCUGAAGAGUUGUUCCUGGGGGCACAAAAGGUCAGCAGCGGCUGCAGCGACGACCUCAAAAAGGCGACCAGCUUUGCGUACCGCCUGCUGCGGAUCCAGCAGGACGGAGUGAUGACUACGAUCGACGAUCGCACCGAGUGCAGCGACAGGUUCCGCUACGAGAUUGACGAACGCGCGACGAAGAUCCUGGAAGAGUCGUACGGGAGGGUGAGGGCCCUGCUGGAGCAGCACGGGAAGGGGCUACAGGGCAUGGCGGCUUUGCUAGUGGAGAAGGAGACGAUCGAGGUGUCGGACAUCAAGGACUUGGUGCGAUGA